ACACACAAAUAGUCCAUUUCGUAUUUCACUCCAUAGUCCUAAACUCCAUUCUUCUUCUUCUUUUCUCUAAACCUUUGUUUGAUUGGAUUAGUCCAAAACAAACCAUUUGAUAUAUAACACGGACAUACACAACCAUGGCCGGAGGAUUCGGUCCAACAGGUGGUGGCGCCACGGAGUUUGAGGCCAAGAUCACACCUAUUGUCAUCAUUUCCUGCAUAAUGGCCGCCACCGGUGGCCUCAUGUUUGGUUACGAUGUUGGUGUUUCUGGUGGUGUUACUUCUAUGCCUGACUUCUUGAAAAAGUUUUUCCCAGUGGUUUAUGAGAAUACUCUGAAAGAAGAGGACAGUAAUUACUGCAAAUAUGAUAAUCAAAAUUUGCAAUUGUUCACAUCAUCGUUGUACCUUGCUGGUUUAACGGCGACGUUUUUCGCGUCCUACACGACGCGAAAGCUGGGCCGUAGGAUAACCAUGUUGAUUGCUGGGGUUUUCUUCUUAAUUGGGACUGCUUUUAAUGCUGCGGCCCAAGAUCUAGCCAUGCUCAUUGUUGGUAGAAUCUUGCUUGGUUGUGGAGUUGGUUUUGCUAAUCAGGCAGUUCCAGUGUUUCUUUCUGAGAUUGCACCAACAAGGAUACGAGGAGGAUUGAACAUUUUAUUUCAACUCAAUGUCACAAUCGGCAUUCUCUUUGCCAACCUUGUCAAUUACGGCACAAACAAAAUCAAAGGGGGUUGGGGUUGGAGACUGUCACUGGGUCUGGCUGGCAUUCCUGCAUUACUCCUAACCGUGGGGGCUCUCUUCGUGGUAGAUACUCCUAACAGUCUCAUAGAACGUGGUCACUUGGAUGAAGGAAAAGCUGUGCUUAAAAGAAUCCGAGGCACUGACAACGUCGAACCUGAAUACUUGGAGCUUGUUGAGGCAAGCCGUGUGGCUAAAGCAGUCAAGCACCCCUUCAGGAAUCUCCUCCAGCGUAAAAAUCGUCCCCAGCUUAUCAUUGCAGUAGCUUUGCAGAUCUUCCAGCAAUUCACUGGCAUCAACGCAAUCAUGUUUUAUGCUCCAGUGCUAUUCAACACUCUUGGAUUUGGUGGUGAUGCAUCCCUAUACUCAUCUGUGAUAACAGGAGCUGUUAAUGUCCUCUCCACCAUUGUGUCUAUCUACUCAGUGGACAAAGUGGGGCGUCGAAUGCUCUUAUUGGAAGCUGGCGUCCAAAUGUUCUUUUCUCAAGUGGUGAUAGCAAUCAUUCUAGGAAUUAAGGUUAAGGACCAUUCUGAUAACCUUGGCAAAGGUUUUGCAGUCCUUGUUGUUGUUCUGGUGUGCACAUUUGUAUCAUCUUUUGCAUGGUCUUGGGGACCUCUAGGGUGGCUCAUCCCUAGUGAGACAUUCCCACUAGAGACUCGUUCAGCAGGACAGAGUGUGACUGUGUGUGUCAACUUGGUCUUCACUUUUGUUAUAGCACAAGCUUUCCUCUCAAUGCUCUGCCAUUUCAAGUUUGGCAUCUUUUUGUUCUUCUCUGGCUGGGUUUUCAUCAUGUCAGUCUUUGUUCUAUUUCUGCUCCCGGAGACAAAGAAUAUCCCAAUUGAAGAGAUGACUGAGAGAGUGUGGAAAAGGCACUGGUUAUGGAAGAGAUUUAUGGAUGAUGACGAUUAUGACAAUGUUGCAGCAGUUACCAAUGGUGAAAAGAAAAAUGGGGUCCAUAAUGGAUUUGAUCCUUCUUCACAGCUAUAAGUAUAUUUGGAAAUUCCAUUACUAGAACGUAGACAAUGGCAAUAUAUUAUUUUCUACUAUUACUUUUUGCUAUGGUUUUAGAAGCUUUAGGAAUGUAUUCCUUUCUCUGGUUUUUAUAAUCCUUGUAUCAAAUAUGUUUUUAAGAUUCUUUUUCUACAAAAAAAGAUAAAAAUGAUUAUUGGUUUUUUCACA